GCGGGUGUGGAAGUGGCGAGCGCCGAGUGGCGGAGGCGGUGCCGACUCGGGGUGGGGGGGGGAACAGUUGAGGCGCGCGAGAGGCUCCGCAGCGCCCGGGUUCCUGUAACUUUGCACGGGACGGGCGGUUCGCUCGGUCCGGGCCUCGGGAGCGCAGCAGCAUGUCGGUGGCGGGGCUGAAGAAGCAGUUCUACAAGGCGAGCCAGCUGGUCAGUGAGAAGGUCGGCGGGGCUGAGGGGACCAAGCUGGAUGAUGACUUCAAAGACAUGGAGAAGAAGGUGGAUGUCACCAGCAAGGCAGUGACAGAAGUGUUGGUCAGAACUAUUGAGUACCUACAGCCCAACCCAGCUUCCCGGGCCAAGCUGACAAUGCUCAACACAGUGUCCAAAAUCCGGGGCCAGGUGAAGAACCCUGGCUACCCGCAGUCAGAAGGGCUGCUGGGCGAGUGUAUGAUCCGCCAUGGGAAGGAGCUGGGCGGCGAGUCCAACUUUGGAGAUGCCCUGCUGGAUGCAGGAGAGUCCAUGAAACGCCUGGCCGAGGUGAAGGACUCCCUAGACAUAGAGGUCAAGCAGAACUUCAUUGACCCACUGCAGAACUUGUGUGACAAGGACCUGAAGGAGAUCCAGCACCACCUGAAGAAGCUGGAGGGCCGCCGGCUGGACUUUGACUACAAGAAGAAGCGGCAGGGCAAGAUCCCAGAUGAGGAGCUGCGCCAGGCCCUGGAGAAGUUCGAGGAGUCCAAGGAGGUGGCAGAGACCAGCAUGCACAACCUCCUGGAGACUGAUAUCGAGCAGGUGAGCCAGCUCUCAGCGCUGGUGGAUGCUCAGCUGGACUACCACCGGCAGGCUGUGCAGAUCCUCGAUGAGCUGGCCAGCAAGCUAAAGCGCCGGGUGCGGGAUGCCUCCUCACGCCCCAGGCGUGAGUACAAGCCCAGGCCCCGGGAAUCCUUUGACCUAGGAGAGCCUGAGCAGUCCAACGGGGGCCUCCCCUGCACCGCGCCCAAGACCACAGGAGUUUCGUCAUCUUUCCGAUCUUCCGAGAAGCCGAUCCAGACACCCAGCCGGAGCAUGCCGCCCCUGGACCAGCCCAGCUGCAAGGCGCUGUAUGACUUUGAGCCUGAGAAUGACGGCGAGCUGGGCUUCCGCGAGGGCGACCUCAUCACGCUCACCAACCAGAUCGACGAGAACUGGUACGAGGGCAUGCUGCACGGCCAGUCCGGCUUCUUCCCACUCAGCUAUGUGGAGGUGCUCGUGCCCCUGCCUCAGUGAUGCCACCGUCCCCACAUGGCCCCGCUUGGGGGCUGCCGCAUUCCAUGAGGCGGCUCAGCCCCCCCUGCAGGCGAGCUCCAGCUCACCAGCGGCAGGCGGUGCUUGGGGCUCCUUCCACGCGGGGCUAACACUAAGGUGCUCUUGAAACACUAACGUUCCUCUUGCCCCUCCGUGGGUGGCAACUCCAGGGGACCCUCCAGCCCCUUCCCCAGGUCCCACAGUCCUGACUUCACGAGGCCCAGCCCCGCAGACUAACCGGGUGCGGACCUUUGGCCAUUCCACACCCCAGUUUCUAAUCCCCUCCAGCCCGUUGCUGGCGAUGGGCCUUGGUCCCCACUCCAGGCGGCUUGGGGUGCUCCCCCACCUUGCCCACAUCCCAGGUACUUGCUGGGUGCCGGGGUCCUCACCCUCCCUGUAGUACCCACCCGCCAGCCCGAGCCUGGGCCUUGGUGGAUCACAUGGAGGGGUUUCUCUGGCACAAGCUGCCUCCACCAGCUGAGCACCCCUCCCACGGGACCAGGCCUCACCUCUGCCCUGCCGAGGGUCAGGCACAGGGCUCCAAAGAGAAAGGCCCCUGCCUGAGCCGCCAUGCUGCUGUGCGCGUGGUGACCCUGCGGCCCUCCAUAGACAGCUGCCAGAGCCUGCUCCCAGGCCACAGCCCAGCCUUCCUCCCCUCACCUAACCAGGUGCUGGCCAAGUGGGGGCUGUGGCCCAUCCAGGUUUGCAGUCCCCCAGCCCAGCCUCUGUGGGGCGCCCUGGCCACAGGAAGCGCAGCUCGCUCUGGGGCCAGGCAAAGCCAUGUAUUCCUCACUUCGUUUUUACAAAGUAUUAAAUGUCUUUCUACAGUC